AUGGCAUCUCCGCUGCCUGUCCGGACCUUGUCCUUGAUCCUGAUUCUGCUGGCUGUCCUGGCCCCCAGGGCUGCAGCCGACUUCAACAUCUCAAGUCUCUCUGGUCUGCUGUCCCCAGCGCUGACGGAAAGCCUGCUAGUUGCCCUGCCCCCCUGUCACCUCACAGGGGGCAAUGCCACACUGAUGGUCCGGAGAGCCAAUGACAGCAAAGUGGUGAAAUCUAGCUUCGUGAUGCCUCCAUGCCGCGGACGCAGGGAGCUGGUGAGCGUGGUGGACAGUGGGUCUGGCUUCACGGUCACCCGGCUCAGCGCGUACCAGAUGACAAACCUAGUACCAGGAACCAAAUACUACAUUUCCUACCUAGUGACGAAGGGGGCAUCCACUGAGUCCAGUAGAGAGGUCCCAAUGUCCACACUUCCUCGAAGGAAGGCAGAAUCUAUUGGGCUGGGAAUGGCCCGGACGGGGGGCAUGGUGGUCAUCACGGUGCUGCUCUCUGUAGCCAUGUUCCUGCUGGUUCUGGGCUUCAUCAUCGCCCUGGCACUGGGUGCCCAAAAGUGA